GAACCGGACGAGCUCAAUGCCUCUUCGCCUCUCCUCUUCCCUCCCUUCACCUUCCUCCGGCUCCGAGCACCGUCGUCCAUGGCGGCUUCCUCUCUCUCGUCCACGCUACUCUUCAGCUCCUCUCUCAGUCUCCCGGUCCGUCGGGGCCGCAAUCAUGUCUCGGGAAGUGUACUACUCCCUGCAUGGUCAUCAGCGGGUUGUUCUCAGGCUUGGCUCUCCUCCAGCUCCGAGAAGCCGUUCGGAUCGAUUAGGCUAUCCUCGUCGCCGAGAAGCCACAUAUUUGCCGCCUCCGCUGUUACUGGUUCUACUGCGGAUGUAGAGACUUCAGCAGUUGGUGAAGACACGACUGAAGUAUUGGAUAAGGUGGAAGUGUUCGAUUUGAAUGGAAAUGCGGUUCCAAUCUCUGAUCUUUGGAAGGAUAGGAAAGCGGUGGUUGCAUUUGCUCGCCAUUUCGGGUGUGUCCUCUGCAGGAAACGGGCCGACUAUCUGGCCUCAAAAAAGGAUCGGAUGGAUGCAUCUGGUGUGGCUCUUGUCCUGAUUGGACCGGGGAGCAUUGAUCAGGCAAAGGCUUUUGUUGAGCAAACAAAAUUCAAAGGAGAGGUAUAUGCAGAUCCAAAUCAAUCAUCAUAUGACGCGCUGAGAUUCGUAUCCGGUGUUUCGACCACAUUCACUCCUGGAGCUGGUCUGAAGAUAAUACAAUUAUACAUGGAAGGCUACCGACAAGACUGGAAACUCUCAUUCGAAAAGGAUACUGUAUCCAGGGGGGGCUGGCAGCAAGGUGGAAUCAUCGUUGCAGGCCCAGGUAAGAAGAACAUCUCCUACAUCCACAGGGAUAAAGAAGCUGGGGAUGACCCCGACAUUGAGGAAGUCCUAGCAGCUUGUUGUUCAUGAAGGAAGGACGUGUUCAUUAUGCUUCUGAUGGAUUAUUCGUCCCAAGUUAUCAGACACGAAUGAAAGGGCAGCUUUUUAAUACAAUCGCAAGUUGGAAAAUGAUUUCGGACCGUUCUUCAGGGUCCGAAACAUUUAAUGCCCCCUAGGAAGCAUGUUACGGUUGCACCCCGAGGGAGCAUGUUUCGGUUGCGUAGUGGCUUCGCUAAUUAUGUAUGUUCCACUUUGGGAUGCUGUAAAAUACUGAAAAGAAGAGUUGAUAUCCUUGUGUAUAAACGCAAAUUUUAAAGAAAAGGCAAAAGGAAAUUUUAUAUGCACACACAGUUUCUAGUGGAAAAAAGUCUUUUAAGCCUUCAA